UUGGCAGGAAGAGGAGGGGGGAUGGCAAAAGUUGCCUUCGGUUCUGUAGGCGUGAGGCGAUUUGCCACGAGGUCGCGGCGAUCCGUCGACGCGGCUGCCAGUUAUUUGCCACCGAGUCCUAGCCAAAUGUAGCAUUGAACCCUAAGAAUUGUGAACGUGUAGUGAAGUUAGCAUCGGGAAGGCGCCGUGUGACUCUCAGAGGAGGGACGUCAAGGCACUGUCCAUGCAGGCACGGGUACUGUGAUGUCUCAUCUUCAGAAAGCAAACUUCCUUCGCGCAGUUGUGUGAAGUACAUCACAGCGGCACCUUUUAAGAACAGCAGUAAUUCACAAACCUGGGAGCACUUCUGGCCAAGGACCAUGGAAAAGUACCACGUGCUGGAGAUGAUUGGAGAGGGAUCAUUUGGGAAGGUAUACAAGGGAAGAAAAAGAUAUACUGGCCAAGUUGUAGCCCUCAAGUUCAUCCCAAAGGUUGGUCGCUCAGACAAGGAGCUGAGAAACCUGCGUCGGGAAAUUGAUAUCAUGCGAGGCCUUCAACACCCGAACAUCGUCCAGAUGCUGGACAGCUUUGAGACUGAUAAGGAGGUGGUGGUUGUAACAGAUUAUGCAGAAGGAGAGCUAUUUCAGAUCUUGGAAGAUGAUGGAAACCUUCCUGAAGAGCAGGUCCGUGAGAUUGCAUGUCAGCUGGUCUCUGCAUUAUAUUAUCUACACUCUCAUCGCAUCCUUCAUCGGGACAUGAAGCCUCAAAACAUACUGCUCGGAAAAGGAGGGGUUGUCAAACUCUGUGAUUUUGGGUUUGCCCGGGCCAUGAGCAUCAAUACCCUUGUACUGACCUCCAUUAAAGGAACGCCACUGUACAUGUCUCCUGAGUUGGUGGAGGAGAAGCCAUAUGACCAUACAGCUGACCUUUGGUCCAUGGGCUGUAUCCUCUACGAGCUCUUUGUUGGCACGCCACCCUUCUACACCAACAGCAUUUUUCAACUGGUCAGCCUCAUCAUCAAAGAUCCUGUCAAGUGGCCUAAGAACAUGAGCUCAGAGUUCAGGAACUUCUUACAGGGAUUACUGACAAAGGAACCGAAAUUACGUCUUUCCUGGCCAGCACUCCUUCACCACCCGUUUGUGGCUGGAAAAGUUAUUGUGUUGGAUGACAUCUCUGCCGAAGAAACAAAUCCACUGACGGAGGACCUCAGCCCUGAACUUCAGGCACAAAAAGAAAAACAGGCAGCAGAACUGGCACCUACCAGUGGGCAGUCAAAGAUUCUACGCAAGGCACGGCAAAAGAUGGCAGAAGUAGCAAAGAACAAGGAAAAAGAUAAUCAAUGUGGAAACGCACCUCAAAGACAACGAGGUGUUUUGGAGGAAAAGGCUUCUUCACACAGUGCAUUAUCUUCUAAACAUAAAUCAAUGGCCAAACAAGCUGUAAGUUCUGCUGACACUUUAGCUGUGAAGCAGGUUGGUGAUGCAAAAAAGGAUGAUUGGCAAAUGGAAAAUAGGCCACCCACACCAAAGGUAGAUCGAAUUGGUGCUGAUUACGCAAAAGAAUUUCCAGAGGUGGAGGUCGGAAGCCGUACCCUAACGCGGCAGGACCCCAGCGCCGUGCCAGGACGUGCCAACGGAAGCAUCGACAAUGUAGACCUUGACAAUGAGGAGAUGGACAGCGAUGACGAGUGGCAGCAUUUCAUUGAAGCGACGGAUCCUACCAACCUCCAGUUGACCACUCCCAUGACACUUUUGUCAGAUGCUGAGUUUUUGACUCGCAUUCGAGCCAGGCUGAGAGACUCAUCCACUCAGGUUUUAGAUGGUAUGCUGGAGGGAGCAUCCAGACUGCGUCCUGUGCUCCAUGUCAUUACAAACCUUUUAGCCACUAAGUGUGACUCGGAGCUGCUGUACACGUUCUGUUGCUCUCUCGAGCUUCCACAUCACUCCCUCAUGCUGCUGGAGCAGAUCUUGGCCAGUACAAGUGUGCGACAACAACCCUGGUGUCUAGCUGUCCUGUUAGACCUAAUCGCAUUACUCAUUGCUUACUUUGCCAGUGAUUUCAACACUAAUCCAAAUAUAUGUUCAGAGAGUUAUGAGAGAUUUGGAAAGUCUGCUGAAGAGUACAUUAAAAUAUUGCAGAAGCUGAUGAAUCAGUCCAUCGACACUGAUCUUCGCCUCACAGAACAAGCCAUGCUAUGCCUGGUGUACCUGUGCGAGAGUAUGGAUGCAAACUCAUCACCUGUGUCUGCAGAUUUUUACUCCAGUUUGCUUUCCAACAACUCCGCUCUCAUUCAGAUUCUGCUGCUUGGUACUCAAACUCAACCAGCUGUGCAGAAAAAAAUAGUUUCCCAUGCUCGAUUGGACCAGGUUUCUGGUGCCUUUAUGGCUGCUAUGGCAGCUUUGCUGAACUUUCCGCUUAAAAACCAACCAUGUUGUGUGGCCAAGACCAAGGUGGUAGAAUUUAUUGUGGAGAGCCUGAUGGAGCCAACACAGCAUCACCUGAUAGAGGGCUUGGUGAAUGACCUCAGCCAUCCUCUGAAGGCCUCAAAUGCUCUACGGGUGCUGUACUCUUGCUGUCAAAUGAGUGGAUCCAUGUGUAAAGUGCUGGCUGAUACACCCAAAUUCUUUAUUUCCACAUUGCAUAUUCUGCAAGGAAAGAUGGAACUGACCGACAUUGUUAGCAGCCAGGCGUUUGAGCUGGUGCUGCAUCUGUUCACUGUGCUGCUCGUACAGCUGGGCCAAGUUCCCCCAGAGCUGGAAGAAAUGGCGAAAUAUAUUGGGUCAAUAUUUGUUGAUUCACAAUUGAUCACCCACAUUUGUGCCACAGGAAUUCUAAUUUCCCAGAUGACAAGCCUGGGCUCAGCUGCAGAAGUCAACUUUGAGGUUUUACUCAACUCUUCCAAGGCUGCUCUAACCAGCCACAUUGAGCUUUUUAUACGGUUCCCGUACGGAUUUGGAGUCUGCGACGGCCUCCUCCAGCUCCUCUUGCAGUUCCUUUGUGAGGGUGAGAGGGAGUUGGUGCAGGGCUUUGCGGAAACUGAAGUGUGGAAUCUGAUGUGGCACCAAUUGGCAGUCGGUCUGCAUCUCUCAGUGUGUGGCCCUGUGAUGGAAGGUGACACUCCACGAUCAGAUGCCCCAGGCUUGGCUCCUGACUGGACCCUCAUCUCUCCUAUCGGAACACUGGCCUUGUUGAAUUUGGCACAGUUUGUUUUUGCUCAAGAGCCACAGCACUGCAUUAUCCUGCUCUCUCGGUCCAAUUCUGUGGUGGCGGCCGUACUGCUCAAGCUUCUUACUCAGGAUUUCCUUAUUCAUCUCAGCAGCCCAGAAGUAAAGGACCAAUACGAUCUGAGUUUGAGCUCACUUGUUGGAUCAGUGGUGCUGCUCACCUGCCAAAUCCUCUGUUUCCCUUUUGCAAUGGACGUGGAAGACGCAAUGCUCACGGAUGUUCUGACCACGCUGCGUGACACACAAAUUCUAACCCGCCUGAUGCAGGUGUGCAUGCACCAGCUGUCAGAGAAGCAAUUGGAGGUUCCUCUAGGACUAGUGUCUCGACUUGUGCUCAGUAAUGCUGAAUUUUUGACAGAGUUUGUGAGGUUAAUGAGUGAACAGGAGACUGCAAAAUAUUUGUCUCGCCUUCUGGCAUCGCCUUCUUGCCCUCCUGCCACGCUUGUUGACGUCCUCUCAAUAUUCAGUCAUGUUGCACGAACAACACCAGAGUGUGUUGACCAGCUCCUUAAAUUGUUUUCUGGAAAUGAAUUAUCUACCGGUUCUUUGUCACAAAUGUCUGGUUUCAGCUUGCUGCUCCGCGUGCUGAGCCACGAAAGGAGCACAGUGCGUGCACAAGCGUGCGGCCUCGUUGGUAACCUGCUGCGCCACUCUGCGGCGCCGUGUGGGAGCCUGGCGGUGGGCGGCAGUGAGGUCCUGUCACAGCUCACGGCUUGUCUGGCGGACGGCGAGGAUGGAGUGCGGCGCUCGGCCAGCCUGGCACUGGGGAAUGCUGCUUACCAUGGAGCAGGGCUGGAUGCGUCAGCUCUGGCUCCAACUGUGCCCCACAUCACCAGACUGCUGCAGGACCCCCUGGUGAGGAUACGUUGCAAUGCUGCAGCCGCGCUGGGGAAUCUGGGAGCCGUGGAGGGACUGCGCGAACAGCUGGUGUCCUGCCGGGCGCCCCAGCAGUUGGUGGCGGUGGCCUGUGAUGACGUCCACCUAUCUGUGCGGGAGGCUGCUCUCGUUGCGUUGCGCAGCAUGAGCAGAAGCCAGAAGCUCCGAGAGGUGCUGGUGAACAUGAAAGCUCAAGACAAACUUUCUGCAUCCAUGGGCAGCAUGCGGCCCAUUACCAGGGCACCGGCUAGUGGCUUUGUCGCUGACCAAAGCAGUACACUCGCAGUAUCGCAUCACUGUGUCAAACUCAUCCACGUACUGCAGGCCUGAAGGAGAUUCUUAAAUUCAAGUAAUUCAAGCAAGGCAAUCGCACAAGCAGGAUCUGUCUGUGCAUUAAGCACCUUGUGAGUUAUAAUGUACAAGGAGCAAUGAUGCAACAUAACAUGUGUGUUAAAUGGGGUAGUUGCCAUCCAAACCCCGAAACCAAGUUAAUUCACAGCUUGCACAGUGAGCGUGCUUCACAAAACUCUUUUUGGAAGGAACUCAUGCUGAAGACGAGGACAAUAAAGCCAAUGUGAUGGGGUAACUAAAAGACAUUUUAACUUCCAGGACGGCCUUCAGAUUGCUGACAAUGAUGUACUGAUCUAGAAGGAAACCAUUCCUUGGGAGACCCAUUUUAGAAACUCAGCCAAAUUCCUGUGGAUGUAAGACUUUCCACAAAAAAGUUUUACCAGGCCCUUUUAUAUUGUAUUGAAAAGUUGUUUUGUGCAGAUGUUAUGGUGGGCUAGGUGAACUGAAUAUUUCGUAUUUACAUAAAUAUGGUAUUUCCCCAAGAAUUGUCAGUUCCUACACAACCUUCUAAAAUGAACAUAGGAUAGCGCUUUCCUUCCUCCUGGCCUGUGCCAACGUGCAGAUAAUUGUACGUCAAAAAGAUACAGGCAUCCUUCAUCGCACACCUCCCCCCUUAACUGGGGUCCUUACAAACCCCAUUUUUAAUCACGCUGAGAUUGACAACAAAUAACUUGAGCUUUAUCUUUAAUACAUUGCCAUACAGGAAGACUAAGAAACGUGUUACAACAGUUGGCAAACCAACUUGAAAUAUGGAAUCAACAAACCACUAA